AUGUCUGAGUUAAACUUAAUGUGCUUGAAAGGCAAGAAACGAGAACUGAAUGAUUUCAACGAUUGGGUGAGUUUAUAAUUUAAAUUAAGUAGAGUUUUUAUUUAAUAAAUAAAUAAAUAGUUAUACUAUAAUUUAGUUCAAGAGUUUUUGUAGAUGGCAAUUUCGAGUACAAACUUUGUAGUCAUACACUCGCCAGAGAGCCUGUAGCUGUGGAACUGCUCCUUGCUAGGUCUAAUAAAUAUAUGUACAAAAUUCACACUCAAAAUUUCCAACUGCAAAACCUAAUAAUAGGAACCUAUAGUUGCUUUUUUUUGCUUCUGUUCCUGGUUUAUAUAUUUAAAGUCUAAUAUAUGUAUAUAAGUUUCCACUCGAUAAUUUCCAUCUACAAUACCCUUCAACUAAUAUUGUGCAACUUGAUAUUGGAUCGAAGAAGGGUACAGCCCUCGGGGAUGGGGGUAUUGGAUGUAAUACCUAUGCCUCAUACCCACAGGAAUUUGCUAAGAUUUGACUGGGUACGAGGACCAAUCCCUCAGGGUUCCCGGGGGUCACGACCCCAGGGGCAAGCCGCUGAUACACACAUUAAUGCUGUUAGAGCUGAACAACUGGCCUCUGUAGCUCUGUUAGAAUUGCAAGGGGCACAUGUUUGAUUCCUGCCAGAGUGCCUAUAUUUGCAUUUUUUGCAAUUCUGCUCCUGGUUAUAGGUCUAAUGAUGUAUAAAAUUCACACGCUACAUGUCCAAUUACAAAAUCCUUCUACGUGUAGUGAUGUUAAUACCUGUAAUUGUAUCAUGUAGGGAGGAUAUAUGCAAGCAAAAAUCCGCAAGUUGGACGAACAGUUUGAAGUUAUGGAAAAUAGCAAUGAUGAAUGCAAGUGAGUGUAAUCAAAGUUUGUGAAAUAAUAUUGGCCAUUAAUUUGCAAGUCUUUCCUCUUAACGAGUAAAAUUGUUUAGGCAUUAGAGAGCAUAAUAAUUAUAAUAAUAAAGUUGGGUGCAUUUGGGUGCAUUGCGGUUAAAAAAUUAACAAGGCACAUUGGCAAAUAGUUUGGUUAACUUAUUAAUAUGUAAGGCUCUAUAUCGUUGACAAGUAAAAUCAUCUGGCAUUAGAUAGAAUAAAAUAAUAAGAAUUCAGUAGUAAUCAAGAGCAUUUGGUCUAGUCCCAGCUUAUUAGCUGCACGUCUCGAAAUAGUAAAAAUUAUUUGUCUCACCAUAGAAAUUAUUCUAGAUAAAAACAAGCUUUAAUAUUUCUUGACAUCUUUGUUUUUUUAGGGUUCUAAGUGAUCUUUUCAAGAAUAUUGUGAUAUUCGUUAAUGGAUAUACCGGUGAGUUCUUUGAGUUGCCACAAUAUAUUACAAGACUAAUAUGAUAAUAAAUUGUAGCUUUUGGUCCUAUAAUGCCAUCAUGCAAGCUUACAAGUUACAAUUAAGCUAAUUAAUUAAUGUUAACAGCUUGUGAACAAGGUUGGUGAUAUUAUUAUUCACUAAUGAUUAUUAUGCAGACUUGUUGCAAGGUUGUUCCAAUAAGUCAGAUAGUGGCUUUAUAUAACAAUAUAUUGUACACCCUUGUGUUGUCAACUUUGUAACAUUCUUGUUCUAUCAUGAUCACUGUAUCAGACGUGUUAGAAUAACCUUGUACCAAGUCUGAUAAUGCCAUCAAGUUUGUUACAAUUAGUUGUUAAGUUGUACCAAGCUUGUUCAUAUAAUUAUCAGUGUGGAUUAUAACGAUUUCGCUUUGGUCGGACAAAUGUCCGAUCAACUGGUCAGUUGGUCGGACAUUUGCUAAGAAUGGUCGGCCAACUAUUUUUUUACACGAUACUGCAUGAGAUAACUUUAGAAACAUUUAUAUCGAUGAAAGUUAAUACAAAACAUGAAAUCACAAACGUCAUACAUCUCUAUUUACAUGGAAAUGUCCUAUAUAGAAACCUACAACGUUAGAACAAAUGUACGCUGCCACACACGGACACACCACACUCGAUUCGAGGACGCGGUGCCGGCGCGAGUUUUAAAUCUUAAUAAAACUGUUAAUUUGUUAUAUUAGAACAUUUCGCUACAAAACAUGGUAGAAAAUUUAAAUCAGGAGCAGAGUUCCUCGCCUAUCGGUGACGGUAUAUAGCCUUUAAAGCCUAGAUCGUCUAUACGAGCAAAUUUUCUUUGCCAAGUUUUACUUUAACACGUUUUAUUUGCCGGUGUGCAUGUGAUGGAGAAAUAUGGCAACAAAUAAACUUGUCAAAGAAAAACGUACUUGCAACAUUUCUCCAUACACACAGGCAAAUAAAACUUGUCACAGCUUGACAGCUAACCUUAGCAAAGAAAAUUUGCUUGUGUACAGUAAAAGAGGCCUAAGUGUAUGCAUAAGUAAAAUGGCCAAUCUUAACUCUUUAUAUAGGAGAUAGCUAGAACAUAACGGCUGGAAUAUAAACGUCUUUGUGUAAAGUACUGUUCAUAAACACAACAGGUUCUACUUUUAAGAAUUUAAAGUUCAUAAACACAACAGGUUCUACUUUUAAGAAUAUCGUUUUAAUUCAUUCGUCUGACUCAUCACUGUUGCCAAACCAAGUAUCCCAGUCACUUAGUGAAAAAGAUAGUUCUCUUUCCGAUUCUUCUUCAUCCGUUCUGGGUCUUCGGGAAGCGUACGGCCUCCGAGCACUUUGAUUGGGUCUUCGUAAUCGAAUUUUAGUAAUGGAAUCUUUGUAUGUAUUUGAUCGGUCAAAAUGUCCGACCAGAAUAAAGUUGAUCGGCCAUUUGUUGUUUUUGUUCAGCAAAUGGCCGAUUGCCGACCGUUAUAAUCCACACUGAUAAUUAUACUGUAGACUUGUUACAUGAUUGUUCCAACAAGUCUGAUACAGCCAUGAUAUGACAAUAUUGUUACAAUUACCUUGUGUUGUCAACCAGUCAACCUUGUGUGUAAAAACGCACAAGUUAUUACUGGCCUGUAAAUAAGUUGCAGUUACAAAUCUGUUCACAAGUUGUCAACAUGUUGUGUUCACACUCAUGCUUGUUUCCAGUUGUUCAACAAGUUUGGAACAAGCUGUUGUUAACAACUUGUAACAAGCUUGGUGGCAUUAUCAGACUGUUAUGAGCCAGGUUGUUUUAAUAAGCCUUUUAAUAAGCCAGGGUGUUUUAAUAAUUAAGGUUACAAGGUUCAUGACACAAGGAACUUGUAACAAUAUUGUUAUAUCAUGACUGUAUUGGACUUGUUACAACAACCUUGCAACAAGUCUGAUAACAUCAACAAGGUUGUUACAAGUUGUUAUCGGCUUGUUCCAUACUUGUUGACAACUUGUCACAAUUAAAGCAGUGCGAACACAACUGGUUGACAAGUUGUUAACUGCUACAAGAUGUGAGAUUUUUGUGUGUAGCAUUCUUGUUAUAUCACGACUGUAUCAUGCUUGUUAGAACAACCUUGUGUCACAAGGCUGGUAACAAGUCUGACCAGGCUGGUAACAUUAAGUCUGACAAUGGCAUCAAGCUUGUUACAGGUUGUUAACUGCUUGUAACAAUUAAGCUCUUUGAAUUGAUAUUAUCAGGCUUGUUGCAAUUAGGUUGUUCCAACAAGUCUGAUGCAGUCAUCUGAUAAUGACUUAAGUUGAUUAAUUUACACUAUAUACAUUAAUAAAUGUACUUAUUUUAUUGUAUAUUUAUUUGUUUCAGCUAGCUUUAGUUUGGCACGUACAGUACUAGAUAACUUGACAAUAUUCUACUAUGACUUAUAUACAAUAACAUAAUCACAUGCAUCGAACAAGAAUAUGGAGAAUCAGUCAGUAAUUUAUAGAAUGUGCAAAACGUGGCGAAACACAUACUAGACUACUUUAGGUCCCAUGCAUGGUGCACACAGCCUAAAAAACACCUGUGCCGGUUCCGGUUUCAUAUCGUGAGAAAGUUAGGGUCGGUACAUGUAGGUCGGAAAUAAAUUUUUUUUUUAAUAUUUGUUUAUGGUUUUGGCGGGUCUUUUUUACUGGGUGAUUUGCAGUAGAGUCCCGACAUCAAUAUUACCUAGAGAUGCGUAUUUCCUAUGGAAGAAUUUAGGCAAUUUGGUUCAAUAAUUAGUGUGACAACAGACGCCAUUUUGACAUGCUGUUGCACGCCUGCAACCACCCGGAGAAAAUAGGGUUGCACGGUCAAUCGCGUUGAAAAAAUAAUAGGGUCGGCAGAAAAAAGUAGGGUAGGUCGGGAACCGGAGCCACAGCUAUUUGUUUUAGGCUCACCACUAGAUGAGAUAUAGUAUACACUGUAAUAGGAAGAAAAAUAUAGAAUAGAAAAAUGGAAGGUGAGUGGAAUACUAGAAAUACAGAAGAGAAAAGUGGUAGAAUAUAUUAGGUCGUGUGUGAGCUAGGUAAGUGAGGAGUGUAGGCAGUAGCAGUGAGGUGAAGGUAAGUCUUGUAGGUAUGAAAAUUCUUCAGCAUUUGUUCAUUUUGUUGAAUCGAGUGAGAUGUUCCAAAAAUUCCGUAUAAUUAUUCUGCAUGGUCGUUUUUUUCUAGUGGUCAGUAGUGUGGUAUUCUUACUUAAUAUAUAGUUAAACAGACAAAUCUCGUAAAUAGUAACCUCGAUCUGUACAAAUAUUGAAAAUGAAAAAUGAUCCAGUAACUGAAAUCAUGUCAACAUUACACUUAAUCAGACGUUUGUUGUAGCCAGCGAUUGAGGCAAGUUGCAAACGACCUACUUUAUUCUUACCUGUAGAUUUUGCGAUUAACAACGUCACGUUAUAUUUAAUUCACUACAGUUGAAGCCAUAUUGCAACUUGCCGGUGUGCAGACUCUAUUAUGUUGUAAUACACAGUCUGUUAAAAUUCGUGCCAUUGCUUGUUGACCCCCAGCUCCGCUACCCAGAUCUGGUUAAUUGAUUCUGAUUGGCUGGACUGAAAUAUCAACGAACGUUGGACUUUGAUUUUCAAAAUCGAAGUAAUAUUUUCUUCACACUAGUGAUGUUCAUUGUAAAUUUUACUUUUCUCUAUGUUUCAAACUAUGCUUCAAGCAGUUGAAAAUAAUGGCAAUUGCUGAGAUUUCCAAAAUUCAGAACUUUGUUGACCUUUAGUGAACUCAGCCAAUGAGAAUCUACUGAGUUUAACUAUGACCAAUCAUAAUCAACUACCCAGAUACUGUAUGUGUAGCGCAGCUGGAGGUUGACAAGCAAUGUCACGAAUUUUCACGGACUGUAAUAACUGUAUUACAGCAUAAUACAGUCUGUACACAGGCUAUAUUUCAACGUGAUAUGCAAAUUACGAAGGAAGUAUAGAGUAAAUCAUGUCUGUGAUUUUUAACUAUGAUAUCGAGCUACCUUAAGAAACAUUUCACAUUCAUAUACAUAUAUAUUUUUCAAGUUAUAUGAUCUUGUCAUAUGAUUUUUAAUAUGUGGUGUGCAUUUCAGUGCCCAGUUCUGAUGAACUUAAACGUCUUAUGAAGACACAUGGCGGUGGUUUUCAACAUUACUAUUCAAGAUCAAAGUGUACUCACAUCAUUGCAACUAACUUACCUGACAGUAAAAUAAAGGAACUAAAGUAAGUCCAAUUUUAAAUUUGUUUUAUUUUUAGUGCAAAGUGAAGAAUUCACUUUGCAACUAUUGUGGUUAGGGUUGGUUAGGGAAAAAAUUCAAUCGAGACAAGUAUGGUGUAAACAAUCAGGGGGGAGGGGGGUUGCGUGUAUGUCUUUGACUCUUUCUCCAGGGGGGGGGGGAUGGCUCGUGUUUUUCCAACACCACAAAUUUGUGCAUGUUUUCAUAUUGCCCAACUAGCGAGAUAUUUAGUAUGGCUACAGUAUGUUAGCACAAAUUCGAAGAUAAAGAUGUUUGCUUGUUUCGACUAUACUCCUUGUGGAGUUUUGAUUUGCUGUAUUAAAACAAAUACAGUGAUACAUCCGGUCCCAAUGGCAAUUAAUGCAUGUUAAUAUGUUUUACUCUAAUAUGAUAUGACAUAGGCUAUAUGCUUAUCUCAUUAUGAUGCAGCUGAUAAAUUUAUUGCCCAACCCGCCAACCGACACGUACAAAAAACAUGAAACACUGCAGUACUGCCAGUAGUCGGUACUAAACUGCAGUAGUUUACGAAUAAAACAUUCAGCGCCUCCAAGUAAAGUUUAUAUAAGUACGCUAUUAAAGUACGCUACAUUCCUCCUGUCGCCCGUACGCUGUAUCAAAAUAAUUAACCUCAAAAUAAAAUAUUUUGGUCUCAAAAUACUAUGAAAAUGAAGAGAAAGACAAAUUCAGUGACAUACGGCUGAAAGGGAGAAAACUAACGAUAAGUCAGAACGUUUCAAGGGUCAAAUGUAUUGAAUGUUUUUUAUUAACGAUUUGUCAACAAUACACAAUACUUUCAUUUUUUUGCCCACCCCAGACCUGUCAAAAAUUUUCAUUUUUUUACCCACCCCGGACCUGUAAAAAAUUUUCAUUUUUUCGCCCACCCUACACCUAUCAAAAAAUUUUCAUUUUUUUGCCCACCCCGGACCUAUCAUUAUAUCAGAAGAUCUAUACCCAAUCUUGUCACAAUGUGUCUUGCUGACUUAUAUCAUUUGUCGUAGCCACUUUGCGCUAUCCUUGAGAUCUCUGAGUUAAUUCUAUAGGUUGCAUGAUGUACUGAAGGUUUUAUAUCCGUAUUCAGGCUAUAAAAACCUGCGCGAAGGCGAAAAGGGAAAGUUGCGAUAAUAAUGAGAUACUUUCUCCUCAAUUAUUUUAAGACCUUUUAAGACCUUGAGUAGGGGUCAUACCAAGGAUUGAACUCGAUCGGAUCUCCCAGCUUGAUAGGCAAGCGUGGUAACCGCCACACCACAAGUGCUGGUAGUGGAAGUGUUAUUUGAACCUCGCUAUUCUCACAUAUUAUCAUAAUUUACUCAUUAUUUUGGCAUUUAAAUUUAGGGGCGAAAAAGUUGUUCAUCCCGAUUGGAUAUUAGAAAGUAUUAAGGCCGGAAAACUAUUGCCGUAUCAUAAAUAUCUUCUCUACGGAGCCGGACGAAAAUAUGGGGAAAAUAAAAGCUUGAAGAAUGUUAUUAGACCUUCAAAUGCAAUCGUAAAAGCAAGUUGUAAUGAAAGCUCGCGUAAGAGUGAGCAUGAUACGGAAUUCGCUACGAACCCAGAUUUAGACGAAGAUUCGCUUACUCUUCCUGAAAACUUUGAAGAUUCCUCUGUGCAUUCAGAUACUCUACUUCCUGUCAAUCAUCAAUCUGGUACAAGCACAUCUAAUGAAAUGUCAAAUUCAGAGAAUUGUGUGGAUAAAUCAGAAUUAUUAAAAGAUGGAAGUUUUGAAAUCUCUGAGUUGACAAAGAAUGACGCAACUCCUAGUUUACCGGGAGUGAAUAAUGGAAUUGAAUUCCCGGACCAAAAUGAAAUGGUGGGUAAUGAAACGGAAUUCACGAAGGUUGACUCGUCUGCAUCAUUAAAGAACGAUACAGUCUUUAAAACCACGGAUGAAAAUCCUGUGAACGCUCUGCUCAAAUCAAGCAGUGAAAAUGAAAAUUUCUUACUGCCUGGUAAAUCGGUGAAAGAGCUUACAAAGGAAAGCAAAGCAAAUUUAACCAAACCAAAAAAGAUUUCUGGUUUAGCCAAUGAAAAUGACAGACCAAACUCGGGUCAUCCAACGCUUCCAGAACGGAGAUUAAGGACCAAAAAAUCCAAGUCUGUUCCCAGAGCUGGAGAUGCAAAUUUUGUUAAUGAGUAUUACACUCAUUCGCGGUUGCAUUAUCUUUCAACAUGGGGAGCAGAAUUUCGUGAUUUUAUCAACAAUUUGAUCCAAACAACCAAAUUAAAGACGCCUAAAAAAUCGCCGCAGAAGAGUACUUUCAAAAAGCGCGUUAUAAUGCAUAUUGAUAUGGAUUCAUUUUUUGUUUCCGUCGCUUUGAGAAGUCGCCCUGAAUUGCGAGGAAAGCCUGUUGCCGUCUGUCAUGCUGGAAGGGGGGGUGAUACCACCGCAG